CCAGACAAAGAGAUCCGGGAGGAGUGGGGAAACCGCCUCUAGGAGACAGACAUGGAGUUCGACUCUAACAAAAUUCCGAAGAGGACCGGUGCCUCCAGCCUAAGCAGCUCCCAGGCAACUCCUGCCAAAAACUUCAAGGUUCAGCAAGAGACCAUGGAGAUUUUGAGCGAGGAGGAGACCAAGCUGACUAGGGCAGCGGCGAAGAAUCCCUCACUCGACAAGUGGAAGAAAACCUGGGUGAAGAAGGGCGCCCGGCUGGAGGAGAAGGUGAAGGAAGGGGAGAAAAGAGCCCGGGACUUGAGCACCGUCAUCAUGCGCCAAACUCAUGAAUUGGCAAAGCUUACAAAGGCUGUCAGGUCUCUGGGGGCCGAUAACCAUCAGCUAAAGGAAGAGAAUACUCGGCUGAUGGACGAGGUCUCCCAUCUAAAGCUUGAGUUGAAGGAGGCUCUAGAGGAGAAGGAGCGGGAGCUGCUCGGUAGGGCCCGAGUGUGGAUAGAAGAGAAUAAGGCUCAAGCUGCUCGGGUCCAGACGUCAACCCCGAAAGCUACAAUGGAGUCCUUCAAGUUGUUUCCUGGGAUCCGAACAGGAAGAAGAUUGUAACGCCCUGAAACCUGGUCUAGUAGAAUUGGUUAAUUUAAUUCAUUAAUUCCUAUCUCGGACCGGGGUUGGGAAAAAUAAAGUCUUAAGAAAAAU